UCAAGCAACAUGUCAAAAGGAAAAGUCCCCAUCAUGUCCACAGCAGGUGCUAUACCUGUACGAAAUGAAAAAGGUAAAGUCAAAUUAACUUCUUGUUUUAACUACAAUUUAGGACUUUUAGCAGGAUUUUAUGCAGUUUGAUAAUUUUAAAACAUUUAGACCUUAUCAUGCCUUAUGUAAAACUAUAUCAUUUUAAAAAAAUGAAAAAUACAAUUUUUUCAUUAUAAUGUUUAUUUUGUUGUAUUUUUUCAAUAUCCAUACUUAAACUAUCAUUCACUUCAUUGAAUGAAUCAUUGUGUUAAUCUUUAAAACUUUGUAGGUGAGCUCACUAUGGAAAAGGUGAAAGUCACUCGGUACAUGCGAGGUCAAAGGCCAGAGUUUGCACCAGAGAGUGAUGAUGAAGAAGAAGUAGAAGUAACUACUGGUUUUCAAUCACGAGUUCGUGCUCCUCAAGUUGAUGACAGAAAAGAAGAUGAUGAUGAAAUUGAAAAAGAGAGCCAGGAGGUUCAGGAUCGAAGGCUAAGGAGACUCCAGCACAGAGAAAGACAAGACAGUGAUGAUGAGGAAGACAGGUGAAAAAAAAUUCUAGUUUGCUUGAGAAAUAUGAAGAAAUUAUAUCAUAAAUUUAAAUAAAAGUGAAUUUACUUAAAUAAAUACCAGCAGUUUUGACAAUUUUCUGAGUAGCUUAAAGAGUUCUGAGUUCAGCUUAAAGAGUCAUUCUUAUUCCCCUCUACCUUGAAAUAGAAUUACUUCAACCCCAGGCCUUAAAGUUGCACCUUUAUGUCGCACUGCUUUUGGGCAAGGCAACAUUGGCAAAUAAUUAUCACAACAAUGUCAUUUUAUUAACUUGUUUCUUAUCUAGGGUUACUCGUCAUCGUAGAGAAGUUGUUGAGCCAGAGGUCAUUGCAGAGGGUUCAGAUGAUGAGAGCCGUCCUAUUAGAAGGAGGCGUGCUGAUGACAGCAGUGAGGGAGAGGAGGAUGAAGAGGAAGAAGAAGAGUUAGAUGAAGAGGUCCUUAACUUUUUUCUUACUCCUGCAAUUCCAUUAUAAGUCAUUCUAUGCCUGUAUGGUUUUUACUAGUGUAAAAGAUUAAACAAUAACAAAUCAUAUUUCUUUAACUGCCAUUUUUCAUCAAUGUAUUUUAAGUAUUUAUUUUUCAUUGACCUUGACCCCCUUGUUCUUCAUUCCAUGACAAUUUUGUCCUUUUAAUUUUUAUGUGGUUUAUUUCAUUAAAAAUAUUUUUUUUCAGGAAAUUGAAAGACGCAGAGCAAUGAGGAAGAUAAAAGUGAUACAACAACGGGAUGAAGAGGUGAAGAAAAAAUAGUUUUGUUUGAUGGCACUUUUAUGGUGAUUUUAUAAUUCAGCAAUCUGACCCCAAGGAAUAUGGGAAUAACUGCCAUGAUAUCCGUUGUAUAAAUUAAUGGUUAUUAUGUUUGCAGUUUCUAUCAUAAGAUUGCUUAAGGUGGUUUUUUUAAAGGACUAAUGGACAUGAGGAGGAGGAGGAAAAAAAGCUGUGAUAUCAUUUAAUAAUAAUUUGUAUGACCUAUUUAAGACAAUGUUAAUCAUAAACUAAUUGACUAAAGUAGUUCCAAAGAGAUGAAGAUAGGGUUACAGCUAAUAUCAUGUUUAUCUAUGCAGGAGGUGAUGGAUGUGGAAGAUGAAAAGAGAGAUGAGGAAGAAUCUGAGGAAGAGUCAUCUGAAUAUGAGGAGUACACAGACUCAGAGGAAGAAGCUGGUCCAAGACUGAAGCCAGUCUUUGUGAGAAAGUAAGACUUUGAAGUUUGAUAAAUAUUGAUGUUUCAUCCCUUAACACCGUUGCGGAGUUGUCACAUCAAGGUCUUCAGUUUUCAUUAAAGCCAUCUAAUUAUAAGUAAGAGUGUUGGACUGCGAUAAAGCUUUCAAGUAGAUUAAUGAGACACAAACAAUAUGUGUAAAUAAAACAAUAUUUGUUCAGCUUUAAUAAUGAUCGUACAGAAUACAAAUGUUAACAUUUCAUCAGUACAAAAAACAAAGAAAAUAUUCAUAAAGUGUUAAGUAAACUUAUAUAAUAUAUAUCCAUGUAUCCUACCUAAAAAUGAGAGAAAAGAAUAAGAAGAGUGGGUGCAUGUCCCUGACAAAAACAAAGUUCAGAAGAGCGGAAAGGAAGUGAGUGGAAGUAAAAUUUAAAAACCAAACAGGAACUCUAACUUUUUCAGUUAAUCUUUUUCUUUUACCCCAAGUUCCAUCCUUGUAAAAGAGACAAAGUAUAAUGUUGUUGUUUACAUUAUGUUUCACUUGAUCAGAAAAGACAGAAUAACAGUGCAAGAGAGGGAAAGAGAAGAAGCUAGAACUAAAGAGUUGGAGGUGGAAGCUAAAAAACUGGCGGAGGAGAGGAAACGACAGACCAUCAAAGUUUGUAAAGUUGACAUGUUUUUAGCACUUUGAAAGUUUUAGUGACCUACUAUCUGUCAAUUUCAUAUGGUCAGCUAGUAUAAAUUUUAGUGACCUACUUACUGUUAAUUUCAUAUGGUCUGUUGGUAUACAUUUUAGUGACCUACUUUCAUAUGGUCAUUGUGUAUAGCAAGGGUAUCAGAUUCAACUACUUAUAUUUCUGUGUCACAGCAUGUUACAGAGCAGAAAUUAACCACACAGCUUAGUCCAUAAGGGGGAUUUUAAUAUGAAAAUGGAGGAUCUUUAUACACCUUAAAUACUUGUUCUAAAGACGACUUACAAAAAAUAAAUAAUGAUACUGGUGAGUAAGAAGGGCGAUCAGCAUACAGGCUGGUCACGAGAGGAUAUAAAUAAUCUAUACAUUUUCAGAUGAGAAGCAAAGAUCGUAUUACAAGUUUAUGUGUAGCCAUGAUUAGAAAAUAAUUCCCAACUUGUCUUCCAAAUUAAAGCAAAAGUUUGGCACUGAAAAAAAUGUUCCUUUUGCUUCUUUCUUAUCACUAUUAAGUAGCUGCAGUUUCAUUCAGCCUUUUUAAAAUUCACCAAUUUGACAGAGAAGUUUGUUGUGAACUAGAUAGUUUUAUGUGAUCACAGAUGGCAAAUCAAGAAAUGAAGAGAGAACUGGAAGAGGAGAAGAGUCUGCAGCAAGCUUGUGAUGGCAUUGACUCAGAUGAAGAUAAUGAUGAAGAAGAAUAUGAAGUGUGGAAAGUCAGGGAACUCAAGAGGAUAAAGCGAGACAGAGAAGAGCGAGAAGCGUAAGUGGCUAGUGUUGGAAAUUAAACUGCAUUUGUAUUCCUUUUGAGACAAAUUAAAUUAUGAAAGUAUUUUAUUUCUUUUGUAAAUAAAAAUUGUCUAUCAUGGAGAUCUGCCUAGUGAACACUAAAUACUUGUAAGAUGAUCAAUUUCUAUCAUAAGGUCAGGGUAUUGUCACAUAAAUAUCACUUUGAAAAUACUACUUAAGAAUUACAUAACAUCCAUAUAUGAUAUAUGUUUAUAUGUUUCUUCUGAUUAAUGAAGAUGCUUUUGCCUCUGCUCAAUAAAAGUCUGCACCUAAUAUCUAAAAAUACUGAAAAUGAAUACUGUAACUAAUGAUAUGAAAAUGAGAAAAAUUAUGAUACACCUGUUUCUUGUAGGAUUUUAUCAAGUGAAUCCUACUCUGUUCUCUUUCUUGACUGCAACUAUAGCAAAUCCAUGCAUUUAUUGAAACAUGAUAGUCUAUCACAGAUUCAAGGUCUUAGUCUUAGUCCUUUUACUUUUACUUAGACAAAAUAAUCUUUUUAGUAUAUCAUUAUCAAAAUAAAAUGCUUUUUACAAAGAUUUAGUAACUUCUGUUUAUUUUAAAGCUGUCCAUAUUAUUGUGGUCAUAAAUGAAACUUUCAGGACUGACAAAGAGAAAAUGGAGGUUGAACGACUUAGAAACAUGACUGAAGAAGAAAGACGACAGGAGUUGAGGCAGAACCCCAAACAAGUCAUUAACAAAGCACCUAAAGGAAAAUACAAAUUCCUGCAAAAAUACUAUCAUCGUGGUGCUUUCUUUUUGGUAAGUUUAUCACAGUUACGUGCCAUAAAUGUUAAAGAUUAAAAGUUUUACACUUAUUUUAUAUACACACAGGAAAUUCGUUCAUUCCCUUUCCUUAAUCAAUAAGUAGGGUACAAAUUAUGUCAAAUGUAAUUUUAAAUCAUGCCCUUUUUUUGUUUGACUGAUGAUGGCAUGUGGCUUGAAUGUCUUAAUUUUAAUUAAAGCUCAACUAUACUGUUACCUCUCCAAAAAUUUCCACAAUUAGUUAAUCUCUGAAAGUAUAUACCCCUGUGAUUCUUUAUUAGAAUUGUUGUAACAUACACCAAAAAUAAAUAUUAGCUGUCUAUUAAAUUUCUCAUGAUUCUUAGUCAUGAUUUUUGUUGUCUUUAACACUUUUUUCUGAAGUUAAAAAAAAACAAAAAACUAAUAAUUUCUUCAGGACAAAGAUGAUCAGGUUUUCAAACAAGAUUUUUCUCAGCCUACAUUGGAAGAUCACUUUGACAAGACAAUUUUACCCAAGGUCAUGCAGGUAAGAAUUAAAAUAAGGAAGUGAAAUUUACUGUAAAAUUUUGAUAAGAAUAUGUACAAGCAGUUAGCAGUGUUACUGGUAUUGUUUAUUUUGGUUAUCUUUAAGAGAGGGUGGAAACAGAAUGCAUCUCAGUUUUAAAUAUUAAAGAAUAAUAAAUAUUUGAAUUUUGUAGUCUAAGAUAAAUGAUACUCGAUGGCUCUCUGUUUCCAAUGCAAAUAUCUGCUAUGCAUUUGCUUUCUUCAUAAACAACAUUCCUGACUUGAUUGGGUUCAUAACUGCUCAUGGCUGAAUGUAUGAUUGCUGUUUUCAGGUUAAAAACUUUGGCAGAUCUGGAAGGACCAAAUACACCCAUCUCCUGGACCAGGACACAACACAGAAAAAUGAAACACCAUGGAUUCAGGACACAGCACAAAAUCUCAAGUUCCACACGGCGAGGGGCGGCGGCAUGAAACAGCAAUUUGAUAGGCCAUCAGCCAAAGUAAAAAAAUGAAAGACUUUUUAAAUGGAAGUAGGUUUUUGUUACAUGAAUUUUAUUAGGUUUGAAUGAGAGGAAAUAGCAAACAUUAAGCAAAUAAACAUAUUUUUUUAAAAUAGGUCACCAUUUCAUCUUUAUUCUGUGAUUCUGGGCAACUAAUUGGCUUGGGUCAAAUCUUGAGAAAAUGGAAUAUUUACCAUGUCAGUGCUGGCUUCUGAAAUGUUUGCUAACAACUAAGUGAAGUAUUUGUAAUAGAUAAAUAUUCCAUUACCGCUGAUUACUUAUCAUCUUAGAUCAGAAAUCCAUAUCCUUUUGUGCAUUAAUUAUUAAGGAUCACAUGGAAGUGGGGCAUCUAUAAAAAAUGUUAUCCCAAAAAUUGCUUUAUAAUUGUAGGGUAUUGUGUUAAUGUUUGGUUGUCCGGGCCAGGCCACACCAUUUGGUGACCUCUGCUGUGGGUGGUUUGUUAAAAAAAAGAAAACUUUAAUAUUAAUUGGUGAUCAUCAUUAAUGACCACAAUAAUUGUAAAUAGAAUUUGUUUUGGUAUGUUUCAGUGCUUUUAAGUUUUUAUUAAAAGGGGUUGAAACUUCAUCUGAGGCACAAGUGUCAACAAUUUUUUUAAAUUUCAUGUCAAUGUUAUUUAAAAAAUAUAAUUUCUUUAAAUAGCUGCUAGCUAUGAAUGCCAGAUGUAUAAUUGACCGUUCAUGUUGUGAUUUUAAAAACUAGAAUGUAUGUUGAUUAAGAAAUGAUAUGUAUGAAUACGAUGUUCUAUUUUAUGGAUUUCAUACUAUUAGUUUAAUUACACGUUGAUCAUCCCUCUUUGUAAAAUUUUAAUAAAUUUCAUUAUUUUAAAACUCUUGCAUGAAAGCGCUGCUGAAGAAUUAUUCAAGACAAACAGAUCUCAUCAAUUUCAAACUUUAUUUUUAAAGAACUUUACAUUGUUGGGAACAAUUACAAAGUUAUCUUCCAAAAUUUUACACGUUUAAUUCAGAAUUUUUUGCAACAUUUUAAUUUUGUUACAGAGUAACACUAAAUAUUUCCCCCAAAUGACCAGCACUGGAUAACUCUGGUCACUGAAAAUUCCAUAAUAUGGAUCAAAGACAAACUUAAAUACUUUACUUUUUUCUUUAAUUAAAGAUUAAAAUUUAACGUAAAAGUUUAGUUUUAUCCCAAAUAUUAAAUUACAAGAAGAAAAAAGCAAAACAUGAAUUACUGAAUAAUGAAUAAGUUAAAAUCCGUAAAAAUGAUUUUUUAACACCUGGUAAUGAUACAAUCAGACCUUAUUACAUAUUUAUUAUUUCCACAGCUUAAAAAUAAUUUCAUUUGUUACAAAUAAAUCUGCACAUCAUUAAGGCACAUUACUGGCUUUUAUACCAAUUGAAUAUUUCAUAGGAAAUGUUUAAUUGGUGGAAAUAUUCAAUUGGUAAAUUUAUUUUGAUUUGAAAUAAUUCAGUGCUAAAUAAAAAUUUUGUUGGCCGAAUUAUAUAACUAUAUUAGAAUGUUAAAGUUGUUUGUGUCAGCCCAGGAUUCAACCGUUUGGAAGUUAUCAAGAUCUUAGCAAAGCAAAACUUUUGAAUAAAAGUAUAAACAUUGUUUACUGCAAUUCUACUGCACGUAGAUAACAUGAAAAUUGCAUACUUUUAAUUCAUAAAAAUUAUACAAAAAAUCUUGGUUUAAAAUGUUUUGCUGGUAUGUAUUAAUGUAAUUGUUCAAAUUUCUUGAUCCAGCAUUAAUGCAUUCUAACAAAAUUUAUACUACCAGUAGUUAAAAGAUACUAUGAUAACAAAAAAAACCCAACCUUUUCCCACCCCAAGGCAUAAGCAAAAUUAGCUAAUAGUUACAAAUAGACCCCCUUAAGUCAUCUAUUAAGAUUUUGAAAUUUUC